AGCUAUUGUAUUAUGUUCCCAAGCAGGCACCCUGCCCUCUCUACCUAUUUUGCCACUUUCCAAAACUAAAACAAACAAACAAAAAAAAAACCCAAACAAAAAUCAAACUAGCUUUUUUCACACAAGCCUUUUAAAGAGGUAUUUGGUAUAGGUAAUGUGCAGUAAGUGGCUUUUGAGUUUGUUGAAAUACGUCAGAUGGCUUAAUUAUUUACCCAUGUGUCUGUUUGACUAUGACAUCUAAACCAGUUCUUGUGUCUCAUCGGGCAUGUCUUGUAUGGUGGCUCUCAAGAUACAUUCAGUUGUUGUAGAAUUAUUCAAAGACAAGAAACCUGAUUUUUUUUUUUUUUUUUUUUUUUUUUUUUUUUUUUUUUUUUUUUUUUGGUGGAGAACAUUGAUAACAUUCCUUUUUUCCCUACAUCCUCAUGGAUAGUGGUGUCAUCCUCUGAGUACUGGAACAAAGGAAGCUGUUUUAUGUCAGAAGUGAAUCCUGCCCGUAAUGUCUUAGAUUUGUGAAUGGUAAGUGUUAUUCAAGGAACUGGCCAGAAUGGCUGUUGUUUACUUAGUAAUGGCAUUUCAGUUGUUGAGUAUCUUGCUAAGCUAAACUGACUUCAGUGGAUUGAAACAUUUGCAGACUCCCAGGAAACCAGAGUAUAAAAAUAAUAGGCACCUGUUUUGUUUCUGUGUCUGGUACAAAUCUAGUGCAGGGCUGAUAGACUGCAUCUAAAAAAUGUAUUUUAUCAUUGAAUCUUGCUUUUAAAAUCUUUCUUCAGAGGAAGUGUUGGGACAGGAGUUCACUUUAGGAAGUAGUUCAUUUCUGUUUAAUGAGUAGUCUUUAAAAUAUGAGGACAUUAUACCAGGAUGGAACAAAUUUAUUAGCCUAUUGCACUACUUAUUGUAAUCCUUGUAUUAAAUGUGGUCGUGCUUCCUUCUUUGUUUGUGGAGUCUGUUUUCUCGCAAGCUCAGAUCCUGAGGUUUGUUUCCCUCAAUCUUCAGUCCUUCUUUAUGAUACACAACUUCAGAGUCCAGCAGCCAAUUUUUAGGACCUUCUGAGCAACAAUGGAUAAUUUCAGCAGUUUCACUUUAUUUGUGAGGCUCUGGGCUUCCCAUUUUAAAUUCUCUGGGUGUAAAGAAACGUGGUCAAUGUGAUCUCAUGUAGAUCCAUAGUCUACUGUGGCUGAACUAUUUCUGCCACCCAAGUUAAUUAUCUCAAGUCAAUGCUGUUAUUUUUUCACUGCAUUACAGCCUGCUGAAGACCAUGAGUACAGUUUUCUUUAACUUGCUAGACCCCAGGGUCUCCUUUUCUUGUCAAUAAGUUAUGAGCAGUGUGUUUUUCAGGAAGGCUGUACUGACUUCUUAUGCUUGUGUGAACUCCUACCCCUAAAACAAGCUUCACUCUUGCUCCUGGUAACUUCUGUGUAUGCUUCUAAAUACUGUGUGUUGCCCUUUAGAGACCAUAUCUCCUCCUGCUAAACAGGCAGUUACCCUGCACACACACAUCAGUGGAUUCCCUCUGCAGAAAAACAUUACUCAAAUCUCAGCUGAUUUCUGUUCAUAAAAUUUCGUAGUAGCAGCUCUGUGUUCUCUCUCUGUUUCUACAGUGUACAGGCAUUUAUUUGCUAAAUGCUGAGGGAAACUACACAACCAGUUUCCUGCUGCAAAAGCUGCCACAGCAGAAUGUCUCUGGCUGACUGUAACAGCGAUGUUGCUGUAAUGCUGCUCAUGUCCUUCUCUCCGAAGGAUUUGGGGUUCCCCUCCACUGUGCACCCUUCCAGAGGAGGCAGAGGGACAAAGUGAGCACAGACAGCUUUUGUUGGACAUUCCAGACCCUCUGGCAGAGUGUCCAUGCUCACCCUGAAUACCUGCAGCCUCUGAGAUUGCAAGGGGAAUACAGCUUUGCUUACACUGAAUCUUUAAAUGUGUGUUGAAUCCAGUGUGCUCACUGGGCCCACUAGUAGUAACCCCUGAAAAUACUCCUAAGAUAAUUUUUUUUGUUCCAUCAUUUGCUUCUAAAAAAUUACCCACCCCAUAAUCUGGGAGUGAAAGUGCCUUUGGGUUUGUCAGUGUUCUUUUUGCAGUGAAGUUUGCACAAUGCCUGUUUUUUCCUAGAGGGGGCUGUGAAGCAUCUGGUGGGGGCAGAUGAAGUGUGUAGGUUGUGUGAGGAGUGAGGUCAGAAUCCCCUGCUUUGACUGCUCUGGAGUUCCAGUCCAAGAACUGCUGGACACAAACAGCUGCUGAGAUAUCUCAUUUUCCUGUUUCCCACAAAGGAAAAAACAGCAGCUGGGUCUAAAGUGCCGGAGCUGAUUUAAAUGAGUUUCUGGUUAUUUCUACAUAUUAUCUUCAGUUUCAUUGCCAGGAUGCAGAGUGAGGAGGAAGGAUGGACUCUCAACUAUCCAUUUUAGUCAAAAAGACUAUUUCUUACCUUUUUGGUUAAUGCUUCUCCUCUCAGUCCUCACCCUAGAGGAGAAAAACAUAUCAAUGCCCCAAGGUGGCAUACUAGAAAUGCCAUCUGGCUGAGAACUUUGGGGACAGGGAGGUUGCUGGUACUUCAACAAAACUGUGCUUCAAUCUUCAUCAUCUUGCUUUAUGGUCAUGUGAGGCAAAAAAAGGUAAGAACAUUUAGCAUCUAUACCUUGGCCACUUGUGGAAUAGCAAAGCUGGGUGAAUGUUUAGGUAUCCUGUGGUUUUUCAUGUUAAGAUCUUAUUACAAUAUGUAAAAGUACAUUGUAAUAUCAGUUCAUGGGGCUGGAACUUGCUAUUUUGGAUACAGAAUUGUUUUGAAUUGCAAACUAGGUCUGUCUUCAGAGCUGGAAUGAACUGCAGAUGAAACUCUUAGUGAAGAACAAAGAAAAAAUGUUUUAAAAUGCCACAGUAAAAUAAUGCUUCUAGGACAGAGAUCUGUCUUAAGAGGAUAAUUUUGGCGGGCUUUUUUUUUUCUUUUCAGAAUUCUUUUCUCUCUUAAAUCCCUAAAUCUGUCAAAGAGUAUUUACUGUGGGCAGUUCAAGGUCUUUUUUUGAUAGUGAGUCAGAUGGGAGAAAGGACAGGGAGUAGUUGGGAUGGGGAUGGAGAGUGGCAGGGAAUUAAAAAACUUCUGGACCUUAUGAAAUCACUCAAGUUGUGUUGUCAGCUUUGGACGUAUCUGCAUUUUAUGACUUCUACUUUUCUGAUGGCUCUGUUCAGAGGUGCCGUAUCCAGGGACCUCUCAGAGAUGAAGUUCCACUGCUUGCUGACAUCCACUACCUGUCUUCCUCCUCUGUGUAGAGGGACGUGCAGUGGAGUUCUGGAUUUGGAAGGUAUAGGGGAUAUGCAUGUGUGUGUGUAUGUCUGUUUUCAAAAUACCUGCUCUGACAUGUUUGUGAUGGAAAAGGGAAGCACCCUGAAGUACAAGGCUGAAGACUGUAGUGCAGUUACAGCAGAAGAUGGUGAGUUAUAAUGGGAAUUGAUUUCUCCUCCAUAGCUGUGGGUCUUGGGAUGAUUUUGCCUCUGAUAUAGAGCAGUUUUACCCUGGUUGUAACUCCUAUUAAGAUCCAAGUUGUCGCCUUCAUCUUUGUUGCAGGCAGGCCUCAAAUAGUUUUCUUCUUAAAAUUAUUAUUAUUUUUUAAGGGAGUCUGAACUCUGUGUGUGUUUUAGCCUUUAUAUUUAAGGAUAUUCUAAAAAGGUUUCUUUCUCUUAAAGGUAGUAAAUUUGUACAUUGAUUAUUUAAGUGCAUUUGGUAUGUAGCCUGUUUUAACGAGACAUUUUUAUGUUUUUUGGUUUAUGGGUUCCUUUAUUCUUUUAUAGAAGACUUAAUGCAGAGCUUUGUAACAUUUUAAUUUUUUUUUCUGAAAUUCUUUAUCAUCUUAGGAUGAAUAUUUAAACAGCACUCUUCAAUCUUGCUUCAAAAUGUCCCUGUGCACGUCUUCUCACAAGGACUUUUCUCAGUUGCUGCCAUUUCAGGAUAUUGGAUGCAAUAAAACAGAAAUUAAAAAUUCACCUGCUGGUGUCAUCUCUCCAGUUCCCUACAGCUGCAAUCAGUCCACGCUGACAGCAGAACACAGUCCAGUCUACAUUCCCUCAUCUUACAUGGAAAACAGACAUGAAUAUUCUGCAAUGGCAUUCUGCAGCCCUGCUAUGGUGAAUUACAACAUUGCUAGCAAUUUUGGGGAUCCAGAGAGCAUGACUGCAAGGCAAACCUCCAGCCCCAGCACGCUGUGGUCUGCUCCUGGCCAUCUGUCCCCUCUGACACUGCACUGCCAGUCCUCACUGCUGUAUGCAGAGCAGCCCAAGAGCCUGUGGUGUGAGGCACGACCGAUGGAGCCAGUGCUGCCCGGGAGCAGAGAAACAUUAAAAAGAAAAACUAAUGGCAAUGACUGUACAAGCCCAAUUGCAAAUAAUCCUGGCUCAAAAAAGGAUGCCCACUUCUGUGCAGUCUGCAGUGACUAUGCCUCAGGAUACCACUAUGGGGUCUGGUCCUGUGAAGGCUGCAAAGCAUUUUUUAAAAGAAGCAUUCAAGGACACAACGAUUACAUCUGCCCAGCCACCAAUCAAUGCACAAUAGACAAAAACCGGCGCAAGAGCUGCCAGGCCUGCCGGCUACGGAAAUGCUACGAAGUGGGGAUGAUGAAAUGUGGCUCAAGAAGAGAACGCUGCGGGUACCGAAUCCUGCGCAGCCACCGCGGUUCCGAGGAUCGGGUGCAUUGCCUUGGCAGAGCCAAGAAAUACAACGAGGCGGCGACGCGGGUGAAGGAGAUCCUGCUGAGCACGGUCAGCCCGGAGCAGUUCGUGCUAACGCUGCUGGAAGCCGAGCCACCCCACGUGCUGGUCAGCAGGCCCAGCAAACCCUUCACCGAGGCCUCCAUGAUGAUGUCCCUGACAAAGCUGGCGGACAAAGAGCUGGUGCACAUGAUUGGCUGGGCCAAGAAAAUUCCUGGCUUCAUUGAUCUCAGCCUUUAUGACCAAGUAAGACUCUUGGAGAGCUGCUGGAUGGAAGUUCUAAUGAUUGGUUUGAUGUGGAGAUCGAUCGACCAUCCUGGGAAACUGAUUUUUGCACCAGACCUUGUAUUAGACAGGGAUGAGGGGAAAUGCGUAGAGGGAAUUUUGGAGAUCUUUGAUAUGCUCCUGGCCAUGACCUCGAGGUUCCGAGAGCUGAAACUGCAGCACAAGGAGUAUCUGUGUGUCAAGGCAAUGAUCCUCCUCAAUUCCAGCGUGUUUCCCUUGUCAGCAGAGGAACCUGAAAGCAACAGGAAACUGCACCACCUGCUCAACGUGGUCACAGAGGCUUUGGUGUGGGUUAUUGCCAAGAGUGGGAUUCCCUCACAGCAGCAGACAACUCGUCUGGCCAAUUUGCUGAUGCUCCUCUCUCAUGUCAGACAUGCCAGUAACAAAGGAAUGGAGCAUCUCCUGAGCAUGAAGUGUAAAAACGUGGUCCCAGUGUAUGACUUGCUGCUGGAGAUGUUGAAUGCUCACACCCUCCGAGGGCAAAGGAAGUCCCCGGCCACACACCCUGAGUUUGGCCCUUUGGAGCAAAUGGAGCCUGGGGACAGUCUGUGGAACGGGGCACCCCAGUAAUUGUGUUGAGACCUGGAGAUGUGAGGCUUUUUCAGAGCUAUGGGAGAAAACAGAACUGCUGUGAUGGGGCUGCGGAAGUGUGACCACGUAUGAGUUCUCAUCCCUUCUGGAUUUGCACAUCAGUGUCUCGGGAGAGGCCAUGGGGCGCUCGUCUCUGUCUGCGUUUCUGACAUUGUAGCAGCUGCACUGCUAUAGUGCCUUUUCUGAGACUCUGCAAAAGCACCUUAUGAAAUCAAGCCUCAGAACAGCACUGUGGGACAGGGAAUUGCUGCCUCUCCUUCUCAGAGGCAGAACUGAGAGGGAGAGGUAAAGGGACAGGUUUGAAAUGGCAGAAGAAGCCUGUGCCAGAGCUUGGAGAGAGCACCUUGGUCUCUGACUCCCCGAGCAAGACUUCUAAGCACUGACUGGACAAUGUCCUCUUUCAGCACUGGGUGGUGUGAAGUGUAGAACAGCAUCAUUUGGGACAGAUGUUUACCUCAGUGUGCUGGUCCCUGGGGAAUGCCUGCUCUGCAGCUGAUCUAGAUAAAGUGCCGAGAUACAGACAACAGUGAAAAGGAGCUUAUUCUCAAAUAUGCAAUGGCUGCAAGGGCCUCCCUUUGAAGGUCAUUUGAAAUAGCUUCUAGGGUCAGUUCAGAGCCUCUGCAGAAAGUUUAAACUGAGCUUAAGUUUGUAUUUUGUGAGCCUGUUCUUAACACUCACAUUGUUUUCUGCUUAUAAUUCUUCAGUGCUUUAAACAACGACCAAAUUAUCUGGAUAUUUCAGCCAAUGCCGACCUUUGAAAUGUGUUUUGUCUGUGAGAUUAACAUGUUGUUUUAUAUAUUUAUUAAUGAUGUUAAAUCUAUUCUAAUAAUUAGGUACAAGAGGUUGCUCUGUGAAUAUUAACUGUUUGUGUUUGUAUAUGAUCUGCUGAUCAGGCCUUGCGAAACCAGCUAGAAACAAAAUCUUCCCACCCCUGUGACUGGUGUGUGGAAUUACGUCCUGCCCACCCAAAACCUCUUGCAGGGGGUGAGGCACUGGAUGGGAACAUGGAUGGGGAUCUGUUUUUGUCUGCUGCCCUGAGGUUUGCUGCUUGCUUGUUCUCAGCAUGCAUGGCACCUUGUGCUGUGGUCUUCAUAUCUUUAUAGGAGCCCUCAAAGAGCGAGGAUGGGGAUAAUGGUAAAUGUAAAGAUAACAUAAAGAUGGGGAUAAUGUAAAGCACUACUUUGCUUUGCAAGUGUGAUGACUUGUUUGAAUUACACUGAAGAUGUAGUGGUUUAAACUUCCUUUUUGUGCUGAUAUCUGCAUGUGUUUAAGCUGCACUGAGUAAAAAAAAACUGAUUAAAUGGCCUGGCUGAUGACCCCAGAGAUCAGCAGGGUGGCAUCAUUCAUUCUGGUAACUGUCUCUCUAAAUGGAAACAUUUAAAUAUAGCACAUGAAUGUUCUGGGCAUUAUGGUGAAAUAAAUUGGGACCACACCAAAAGUCUAUUUUGAGCCAAUAAGUCUAUUUCAUUAGGGACUUUGAUUAGUACGCCAUUUGCAGUUUUUGAAUAUUAGUCAAACCAUUAAUCUUGGUGGUUUUUUUAAGCCAAGGACAGUAUUUUUUAUAGGAGGUGCAUAAAGAGUUUUCAGUGAGUUACACAAAUCUAUUGUCUGUUUGAUCUUGUACUAUACCAGAUGCUGCUGCUGAUCUAAAUUUUUACUCUCUGCCUUUUUAUUGUUUUUAAGAAACUGUAAUAUAGCAGUGUCCUUCUAAAGAAGUGUAAUAUUUACAACGAAAAAAAGGGAAAAAAUGUGAGUACAGUCUGGAAUUUAUUGGUACUUUCAUUUUGAGAGAUGUUUUCCUGUGAAACAAACCUGUCUCAGUAUUUCUUGGGCUUGAUUGUGUUUUGGCCUCAUUGCCUGUUGUGUUGUUUUUUCUCUGGUUUUCCUUAUCCUGUGUAAUCUUUUGGUUUAAUACAGUUUUUCAAAUAAAUGUUUAAGUGAUUUGUUUGUUUUGCUUUAAAAGUGCUGAAUUUAUGUACAAUUUUGGAACAAACUUUCUGAAGAGAAAAUGGGAAAGACUGGGUAUAAAUCAUGAAAUUACCUUCUAAAUAGAAAUUUGUGGAUUGACUCUGUAAAAGGGCAAUGCUGCAGUUCUGUGCCACGUGGUGUUGUUCAUACAUGGUGUUGUUAGCACAGUGCAAACAGGAAAAUGAUGUGAUUUUAACCUACUUUUUGUCUUGUUGAACAUAAUUUUAUUAAAAGUUACUAACAGUGUUUUAAAAUGAG